AUGUCACAAUCAAGUUCCCGUCGACAAUCAGAUUUUAAGAUUCAUGAAGAUUUCAAUUGUACGAACGAUAUGGUUGAAGAUAUAGAUCCCAAAAAAGUAGGCGGGGAGAGUGCGUCAAGUAAGGAGAAGGAUAUCGGUGAAGUCAUGUCUCAGUCCAAGGAUCCACAAAGACAUGCAGAAGAGAGAAUUGAGAUGGAAGAGUCUGAGGUUGAAGGGGAUUCUAUAUUGGAUCAAGAGUUGUCCGAAUUACAAGAAGACGAUUCAAUACUCGACGACGCAGGAACGAAACACAACGAACACGAUGAUUGUGAAGAUUGUAAACACGCGAGGGAGGAGAAGCGCAAACGAGCGAUAGCGAGGGGAUUUCAGAUGCGAAAAAUUGAUGCCGAGAUCAAAGCUGCUGCAAAAAAGGUGGUCGAGAGUAUUGAAAAGGACGAUCCUGAGAGGGGUAGGGCUGCGAACGAUCAUGACGAUUUAAUUCUGGGUACACAAAAAGAUGGAGGCUACGAAUCGGAGGAUCACGACGAUUCUCUUUUGAGUGCGCAAACAGAUGAGAGCUACGAGCGAAAUUUAUACAAUGGGCAACAUGGAACAGAAUUGACAUUGGAUACCACAAAGGCUACAUUGGAGGAUGAUGGAGAAACAGAGAACGAAGACAGUGUUCUCCACCACGAUCUUUCCAGUACCGAUGCCGAAACAGAACGUGGUUAUCUAGGAGGUGAAGAUAUAAAAAGUAGACAUAGCAGCUCAAAUUAUGGGGAUGUCGACGAUGAUGUUUUCAGUAAUGGUUCUGAAGAAAGUCGUCGUUUCUCUGUGAAUUCUGCAGAUGAAGCACCAAACAAAAUCAGUGUGAGUAACAGAAGCUCAUGGCAAUCAAACCGACAGCCUGAUUUGAGUAAAGAAGCUCAACAAUUGAUUGAACUCAAUUCACCUAUUGUUGGUGAAGAAGCUUCUACAGAGUCUGUCAUCUCCCGGAUUCCUAGUGGUAUCUCUCGUGCAUCUGCACCGAAAGCAAGAGAUACAUCAUGUAGUCCUCGAAAAGUUCCACGACAUCCUUUUCGCACGCCAUCGGAUAUUCGUGCAAUGCAAAUAUAUUCUCCAGCAUCUUCACUCUUCUCUACACCUCAUUCAGCUAAACGACAACAAAAUCCUACCGUUUCUCGUCUCGGUACCCCAGCUGGUUCUCAAUACUCAAAGAGUCGUACACCAACUCGCUUCAAGAAGAAUAGGGAAGAAUCCCCUCUCGUUCUUUUACAUGUCACCGUCCUACCACUUCAAUGGCAAUAUUCCAAGGCCAUAGUCGCUCCAGAAUUACCAGCAAAUCUCUAUAAUAUUCGUGAGGCAUAUUAUCUUUUACAAGAAAAGCUUAGUGAGACAAUCCUUACACGUGGAAUCUUACUUCCUCAUCCACAGGAUAGUUAUGAAUGUCUUGAAGAACGAUUCCUCGAUGCUUUAGAACUUCCCGUCCGUCCUCGGGCCAAAAUCCUUCGGUGUGGUCAUUAUAUUGGACCAAAUACUACAUCCUCGGAUGAUGAUUCUGCAGAUGAGAAAGAUAGUGGAUUUGGUAGUACGGGUCGAUUUAAAAACAGGCCGGAGAAAGUUUGGUGCGACAUAUGUCGUCGAGAUGUCAGAUAUGAGGAUGAUGAUCAAGAUGAAGAUGGUAAAAAGUUUAACAUCAAGAUUUUUGCAAGUAAUGGAUUAAUGAGAGCAGGUGCUUGGGCAGCUGCAUGGAGGGAAAUGGAAAGGGUCGAUGUGGAAAUUGAACCAUUUGUUCAGCCUUGGAUGGUUGAGGAUAUGGAAGAUCUUAUUGAGAGAUUACGAGAAGCAGAGGAGAGGGGUCGGGAUGAUGAUUAUGAUCAGUAUUCUGAUGAUGAUUCAUGUGGUGAAAGUCUAGGAUCAGAGGCUCAAAGGUUACAUGAGCAAGAUUUGGCCAAGGUUACUUUACGUCCGAAGAGGGGAGAUGUUGAAUCCCGAAAUGCUCGUGAAGAUUGGCUUGCAGCUGCUUCUAAAGCUGCCGAGGAAGAGGCUGAUAGAAUUGCUCGGGAAGAUGAAGCAUUACGACAAGAAGAGGAAGCUAGAGUCGAAGAGGAAGAAGUUAGACAGCUUGAAGAGGAAGCCUCACGACUUCAUAAAGAGGAGGAAGAAGCCCAAAAGUUCGCCAACCUCGACUCAGAGUCAUCGAAUGUUAAUGAAGACCAAACUGUCGAAGGACUAGAAGCUGAAGCCCAACAACUUCAUGAAGAAGAUAUGGCUGCCAUCCAAGCAUUGGAAGAAGAAGCUGAACGUAUUCAUGAAGCAGAAGUCGCCGAACAGAAAGCUUUAGAGGAAGAAGCACAAAGAAUUUUUGAGGCAGAAUUGGCCGAACAAAAAGAAGUUGAGGAAGAAGCGAGGAGGAUUUUGAAGGAAGAGGAGGUAAGGAGGAGAACCAAGGAGGAGGAAUCCAAACAAAAAAUCGAAGAACAGGAAAAAUCGACCGAUGAAGCACGAAUAAACGAUAUCUCUAAUAAAGCUUCUACCAGGAACAAAGACUUAUCCUCCACUCCGAUAACUCGGACAUCCCCAGGCGAUGAAUCACUCAGCGAACUUUUGGUCAAAGCUGCAAGGGUGGUGAUGCGCGAUCGGAAAAACGUACUCAUUUUACUCCUCAGUGUAGCAGUUUUGUUCCUGGCGCUUAAACCAAAUCAACCAAAUGGAAUGGCAAUGCCAAAAUAUGCAUCAGAUAUUAUUAUCCAAAAUCAUAGGUAUGAAGCUGGUCAAAGUGUGGACCAGAGAGGGUAUGAACAGAUGAGACAAGUUGCUGCUGACGGGACGUUACGAAUGAGGGAAAUUGAAAGUUCGAUGGGAUGGAAGGGUCAAGAUGUUGUUAUUACGAGCUCGAUGAAAACUCAGACUCCGGAUGUGGUGCAGGCUGAGAUUUCGAUUGAGAGGCAGAAACAAGUGGUUAUGGAGAUUGAUGCACCUGAUGUGGGUCCUGUUGUUGAGAAAAUGGAGGAAGCAUCUCAAAUUGCCACCUUUGAAACGUCAGAAAACGUUGAGGCAGUGGCUGGGACACUUUCAAUGUCUGGAGAUGACAUUGAUGUUACCUCGAAGGAUAUUCCAUCAUUUGAAACUUCAUCGAAUCCAAGUCAGAACAAUGAAAAAUUACCAAUGGGAGGAAGCGAAUCUCAGUCUAAAAAGUUAGAUACGGACUUAAAAACGGAUACUCAAAUGUGA